AUGGGGGCGGGGGGUAUCUCCACUCUCGCUGCUCAUUCCAGUAGAGGUAAAGUGAGAAUUGUAAGAUUUGACGGCCCGGACAGCCGAAACCAUCUUCCUCGUGGUACAAUUAGCCGAAGACACGUUCAAAUGAGUCGACAGUCGAAUGCCGGGUGGUGGCACAAACGGCACGCCACCCGAGGAUCUUACGGUAACAAUAGCCACGAGGCCACGGAGCUGAGGUUGAUCGUUGCGACGAGCCAAGACAUUGCUAAACUCUCGGCAAGUAUCUGCCGAAUGGGCCAUCCAUUUACCAUAGAAACCCAUCAAGUCCAAAAGGCCCGAUGGUUCUGUCAAACUAUCAUCUGCUCUCUGUUUAGCAAAUGGCAAAUGGCGGAGAGUCGGCCAGAAACUACCGGGGCUGGAGCCUCAGCCUCCACAAUGCCAUUAAUCUUGCCAGGAGGCUGGGAGACCAUGCUCCAGGGUAAUUAA